UGACAAACAGCCAUACAUAUGUGAACAAAAUUUAAAAGAUGAAAUUGUAAAAUUAAAUUUUAAAUUUGGCGCGCGCUUUUUUUGUACAAUGCACGUUGCCAACUAUUUCGAAUGGCAUCGCACGCAGCAAUAGUUGCUACCGAUAUAUCGCACGAAAAAAAUACCGCACAAAAAACACCAAGCACAGAUUAGCAGCGCGAUGUAUGUGUGUGACCGCAUUCUCGAAACGAUAAAUUGCCGGGCGGCGUUUUUAGUGUUGUUGCUGUUGUUAGCCAAUUAAACCAAUUUGUGGGGCGAUAAGACGGCUGUAAAACGUCGAAUUAAGCUAAUCAAAUCGACGUAAACUUAUCGCAGCGACACACAAAGUAACCAGAAAGGCCGCCGUCACCAAUUGGAAUAGCAGCAACAGCAACAGCCACUGAAAAAGCACAAUGCCGCAAUACGUACCAAUACAGGGCUACAAACAGCUGGAGGAUGCGCUCAAAGUGCACGCGAAGAGCAAUUGCCUCAUCUAUAUGUAUUUCUUUGGGGAGAAGGACAGCAAGGGUCGCAGCUGGUGUCCCGACUGUGUGGAGGUUGAGGAGCUUGUGGAAACGGCGUUUCGUGAAAAUGCCCAUCCCAAUGCGCUGAUAUACACCGUGGACGUGGGCAAUCGCGACGCCUGGAAGGAUCGCAGCGACAACAACAAGUUCCGUUUGCCGCCCUACUCGCUCAGCGUGAUACCCUCGCUGUUGCGCUGGAACAGUCCCGAGCGCUUAGAGGGCGAUCAGCUGUUGAAGCCCCAGCUGCUGGAGCUGUUCUUUAAUGAGGCCAAGUCGCAGAGCGCCACCGGGAAGACGGUACCAUGCAAAUAGUCUGAUAAGCGCAUUUCUGUAAUUAACUGCUUGCUAGAGGUGUGCAUGCGAGUGUGUGCGUGUGGGUGUGCGCGAGAGAGUCUGCAUCUGUGUGUGUGUGUGAGAGAGCGCAAUAAACACGCUGUUGAGUUAAACUCAACAGCAAAAUAAAAAAAAAAAAACUCAACUGAAGUCGAGUCGAACUCAA